AUGAUUUGUUAUUCAUUGAUUGAUGGAUCAAAAAGUACAUGUAAUCCUUUUAAUAGUUUAGUGUCUGGUGAUACUUGUCAAUCGGAUAUGCAAUGUCAUGGUCAAUUAGAAUGUUCAAAUUCAAUUUGUAAACUUCCAAAUAAUACAAUGUGCCAAUCACAAAGUGAAUGUGCAUUUCAAGAAUAUUGUAUGGAUGGACGUUGCUAUGACAAACAACCAGAAGGAUCAGUAUGCACACACGGUAUAAUGUGUCAAUUGGGAACUGUUUGUAGCCCAAUUUCACCUCCCAACCCUGUUGUGUUACAAGUCUCUUUUUGUGUGGCUGUGUUCUCCAAGACUGAGGGUCAGAGUUGUCGUCCAUCCUAUUAUUCAUUGGAUGGUUAUUUACCAGCAAUCGACUGCAACAUCCCAUUAGUAUGUCUGCAUGGAUCUUGUCAACACCCACCUCCACGAAACAGACCUUGUAUGAUUGACAGUGAUUGUGAAAACUAUCAAUGGUAA